AUGUCAUCAAGCUUGGCUCCGGCAAGCGAACUCGCAGACCCGCGCAGGAGCAAGGAGGUUGACGAGACCAUCAACCGCGAGAUUCGAACAGAACCUUCGGCCUUGCGCGUUGAAUAUCAGCACAAUCCAGAUAUUACAUUCGAAGAAUACCUCUACUAUGCCAACGAGACGAGGGAGUAUGAGAAGACGCUUUCGACAAAGGGUCACGGUCUCAGUUCAAUUCGGACAGUUUUCUCCCGCGACAAGAAACCGAAAGCCGAAGAGUCAACGCAGACACAAGAAGGCCAAGCACGCCCUGGUGGAACAGGCGGCCCAGACGCAACUGCAGGUGUUUUUGAUGUAGUUUCCGACGAGGAAUGGCAUCAAGCCUCGAGAGCUGCGCGGACGGCAACAUGGGGCUCUGUUUUCUACCUUAUUACCACUGAUAUUCUAGGGCCUUAUUCUGUCCCGUGGGCUUUCACCCGACUGGGAUACGGCCCAGGAAUAACCCUUUACUUUAUUUUUGCCGUGAUGGCAACGUAUUCCGGGUACUUGCUCUGGCAGCAGUUCGUUCACCUCGACUCGGACAGAUACCCAGUGAAGAACUACGGUGAUCUGGCCUUUCGAAUCUACGGGAGCUGGUUUCGAUACAUUGUCAACAUCUUGCAGAGCUGUCAGUUCUUCCUCAAUGUCACGCUUCUCAUUGUCUCCCACGGCCAAAGCAUUUCGCAGCUUUCCCAACCUUCAGACGACGAUAAGCCUCUUUGCUUUACUGCCUGUUUGAUUAUAUUCGCGGCUGCUGGUUUCAUCCUUGGCCAGAUACGCUCAUUACAGAACUUAGGAUACGUUGCUAAUCUUGCUGUCUGGAUGAACGUGUUCAUAAUUAUCAUGACUAUGGGCAUCACGUCCAACAGCUCCCCAAACUACAAAGCCGUUUACGCAUCAUACGGAAUUGAGAAAGGGCCGAUCAAGACUAGCGCCGGGGUUCCUGACGGACUCAAUUUACGAGACAAUAUCAAUGGUCUAAUGCAGGCUGUUUACUCAUAUGGCGGCGCGACUCUUUUCUGCGAGCUGAUGGCUGAGAUGAGGAGACCGUGGGACUUCUGGAAAGGCAUGAUUAUAGCCAAUGUGUUUAUCUUCAUUGUCUACAUCGUCUUUGGUCUCGUCGUCUACAGCGAACAGGGGCAGUUCGCCUUCAACCCCGCAUACCAAGGCAUCAACCCCUAUGCUUGGCAAACCGUGGCCAACGCUUUCUCCCUCGUCAGCGGACUGAUCGCUGCAUGUCUCUAUGGCAAUAUCGGCAUCAAAGUCUUGUACGCCAACAUCGGUCGCCCCCUUCUGCACCUACCUGCGCUUGAGACACGGAACGGCAGAUGGAUCUGGGUCGCAUUCGUUCCGCUGUACUGGGGCCUUGCAUUUAUCAUUGCAGCCGCUGUGCCGCAGGUCUCUUACCUUUCGAGCUUUGUCGGCGCAGCAAUGAUCCUCCAGUUCUCGUACACGUUCCCUGCCUUCCUGGCUCUGGGGUUCAACUGCUUGAAAGGCUCGCUCGUUGAGGGCGACGGCUUUGACCCUACCACGGGUAGGGUUGUCCGCUCUGAUACGGGCGUCAAGCGUUGGGUUCGUGGGUUCAAGAAGCAGUUGCUUCUUAAUUCUUUCAACACGGUUUACUUCCUUGGCUCCAUUGUCACGGCUGUGUUGGGCAUUUACUCGAGCAUACACUCUAUGCAUCGACAGUAUACGACGGGUGGAUCUGUUGAGUCUUUCUCUUGUAAUUCUCCAACAGGGUAA